GCACGUCGCCGCCGGGCGCCCGCACGUCCGACCGUCCGCGUCCGCGUCCGCGUCCGCGUCUGCGUGUGGGCGGCGAACAUGGCGGCGUCCGCGCCCGGCCUGGGCGGCGCUGCGGGCCCGGGCCCCGAGGCCGGGGACUUCUUGGCGCGGUACCGCCAGGUGUCGAGCAAGCUGAAGAAGCGGUUCCUGCGGAAGCCCAACGUGGCGGAGGCGGGCGAGCAGUUCGGGCAGCUGGGCCGGGAGCUGCGCGCCCAGGAGUGCCUGCCCUACGCGGCCUGGUGCCAGCUGGCGGUGGCGCGCUGCCAGCAGGCGCUCUUCCACGGGCCUGGGGAGGCGCUGGCGCUCACCGAGGCCGCCCGCCUCUUCCUGCGGCAGGAGCGCGACGCGCGCCAGCGACUCGCCUGCCCGGCGGCCUACGGGGAGCCGCUGCAGGCCGCCGCCAACGCCCUGGGCGCCGCCGUGCGCCUGCACCUCGAGCUGGGCCAGCCGGCCGCCGCCGCCGCCCUCUGCCUGGAGCUGGCCGCCGCCCUGCGCGACCUGGGCCAGCCGGCCGCCGCCGCCGGCCACUUCCAGCGCGCCGCCCACCUGCAGCUCCCGCAGCUGCCCCUGGCCGCGCUGCAGGCGCUUGGCGACGCCGCCUCCUGCCAGCUGCUGGCGCGCGACUACAACGGCGCCCUGGCGGUCUUCACGCGCAUGCAGCGCCUGGCGCGGGAGCACGGCAGCCACCCGGUGCCGCCGCCGCCGCCCCCGCCGCCGCCGCCGCCGCCUCCGGGGCCACAGGUCGGGCCCGGCGCGGCCCCGGCCCUGCCUGCCGCGCUGCUCCCUGCGAACGGCGGCCCUGCGCCCGCGCCCUCUCCCGCCACGCUGGGCGCCUUCUCCGACGUGCUGGUCCGCUGCGAGGUGUCCCGCGUGCUGCUGCUGCUGCUGCUGCAACCGCCGCCCGCCAAGCUCCUGCCGGAGCACGCCCACACUCUGGAGAAGUACUCCUGGGAGGCUUUCGACGGCCACGGGCAGGAGAGCGGCGGCCAGCUUCCUGACGAGCUGUUCCUGCUGCUGCAGUCCUUGGUCAUGGCCACCCACGAAAAGGACACGGAAGCCGUCAAGUCGCUGCAAGUGGAGAUGUGGCCGCUGUUGAGUGCCGAGCAGAACCACCUCCUUCACCUGGUUCUGCAAGAAACCGUCUCCCCCUCGGGACAGGGCAUCUGAGGACUCACGUGAACGAAGGCACUCGUUGCUUGCUACCAAACGUCGUGCGUCUGUCUCCCUUGGCGUUUCGGGGGGAAAUACAAGUCGUGGAUGCCGGCAGAGUUCUACCUUGGUUUCUCUUACUCCUCUGGCCACUGUAGCAAUAUAGUUCACUGGGAGGUACCUGUGUCCCAGAGACUGACUUCCAUAACGGAGGGAGGGAAAAACAACCAGGACAACGUGAUAGGAUCAGAGUGGAAGACAGGGCUCUCUUCCCCGAGGCUGCAACGUAAGAAUGAGAACCCUCUUGCGGCGCCUGGGGUGGCUCAGUCCGGAGUCUGGUUUCAGCUCAGGUCAUGAUCUCGCUGUUAGUGAGUCCGAGACCUCCCCCCACCACCUUGGGGCCCUGCGCUGACAGCUGGGAGCCUGCUUGGGAUUCUCUGUCUCCCUCUCUGCCCCUCCCCUGCUGCACCCAUGCUCUCUGUCUCAAUAGAAAUAAAAAGAACCCCGUUUAUCCCUUACUUCUUCCACCCAACUCCCCCUACAUCUUUGUGGCAGAGGAUUUCAUUUUUCACAGUUCUGCCUAAAUACUUAAGCUAUAGGAUUUUUUUUUGUAUCGUGAUCUCAUUUCUUAGCGUAUAUUGACGUCUAUCUGUGGGAUCACCCAAGUAGUUUCAUCUGCCCCAUGCAUAUUUGUGGGAAUCGUUUGAUUAGUACAUUGUUGUUGCUCCAGCCCUAAAUCCACAAUAAAGCCAUCCUGAUGCCCCUAA